UGGAGUUUACUGCUAGUAGCAGCUAGCCGCUCUGUGAUCAUCUGGGAUCCUGUCCAUUCUUGGUGGCGCCCUGGGCGGCCAAAAACGACACUACAGGGCGCUGAAUAUUUACAACAGACACGAUUUUUUAAGUCAGUGAGCCGUGGCAGCUUUGGAGUUGAUAGACAGGAACAUUUAGUGAAAUGGCGACCCGGCCUCCCUCUCUGGGCAUGGCAUUGUGGCCAUUGGCGUUGAUGCUAACUUAGCUAGUUAGCUCAUCAGGCUAGGUAGCUGGCUGCAUCGACUCGCUUUGCAAUUAGCAUAGCUACACCUAGCUUCCUUUAGCUUGCUACGCUGCGUUAGCUGUGAGGUAGACUCGCGUUAUGAGGAUAACUUAACAGCCGCGUCGCUACUUUAACGUCACCCACGUUAGACUGGAGGCGAACACUCACUCCGUGCUGCGAGUAACCAGGGCAGGGUGGGGGGCUAGUGCGGCUAAGGUUAGCCAAGUGGACGCGCUACCAUGCAGCAGUAGCCGAGCGGUGUUUCUGUCGCGAGCCACUGCCGCCUUGCACCAGCAGACUAACGGGUCGGUAGCUAGCAGUUACCGGGCAUUGUGCGGUAUGUAGCCCUGACAUGCUAACCAUCCAUUAGAAAAAGUUGGCGAUCGGCCGUAACAUUUCAGACAAUGUUUGGCACAGGCCAGUUGUGGCUGAACACGAUAGUCACUAUAUGACGAGUUGUAGACCCGAUGACGAUUCAUAGCCAGUGUUGACCUGCAGUUGCACGGACCGCGGGGCCUUGUCGCUCGCCUCGGGGUUAUCUGCGUCGCGCCAGCGAGUGUGUUUCACGUCCGCUCAGUGGCCCGAUUGGUUUGAUACAACGAUGUAAAGUCACCGAGCUGAGCAUAACAUCGGCGAUAAGCAGCGUUCGCUAGCAGAAUGAACCACUCGGGAGACGUGCCCCAGGAAAAGAUGGAGCUGGAUCUGGAAGUCCCAUCUUCUGUAGUUCCGAGCGACGGACACUUGAGGAGAUCCAACAGUGCGCCCAUGAUCAAUGGCCUAAGUGAUAACUCCCAGGUGUUCCAGAGAGAGGUCCUGCGCAGCCGGAGAAAUAGCACCACAGUUGUCAACAGGCCCAACAUGGUCCCUUCGUCGCCUAUCCGCGUCCCCAGCUCCAGACUGCACCAGAUAAAACAAGAAGAGGGUGUAGACGUGAUGAACAGAGAAACCGCUCACGAGCGGGAAGUUCAAGCUGCCAUGCAGAUGAGCCAGUCCUGGGAGGAGAGCCUUAGCCUGAGUGACAAUGAUUUGGAGAAGUCCGUAUCAUCAUCUCCAAAGCGCAUCGACUUUGUGCCUGUGUCGCCUGCCCCGUCCCCGACCAGAGGGAUUGGGAAAAAGCAGUGUUUCUCUCCUUCAUUACAAAUCCUGGUGAGCAGCAAUGGCCUGACACCCAGCCCGAUCCCCAGCCCAACGCGACGCUUCAGCCGGCGGAGUCAAAGCCCAAUCAACUGCAUCAGAGCCAGCAUUCUUGGGCCAAUCAAACGCAAAGGAGAGAUGGAGACAGAGAGCCAACCCAAGAGACUCUUCCAGGGAACCACCACCAUGUUGUCCUCCGACGUCUCCAACCUGUCGGAUCUCGGCUCCUGUCACUCUCCAGAUUUGCUGGAUGGCAGCCUGAGCAGCGUCAGCUCCUCCACCGGCUCCCCGGGCAAAAUGGAGGGAGUGUCGCCCUCCUCGUCCAGCAACUCGCCCUUCGCUUCCCUCCAGGAUUUGUCCCCAAAAUGAGAACGGGGAUGGCAAGAGACACUAAAAAGGACUGGCAAGAGAGAGAGGAAAAAAAACUGGUUCCCUCUCUCGAGGGAACCAGUUUCCUUCUCAGACCCUCCACCCCGCCAUCGGCUAGACUUAGAUUCAUUUUCCGUCUGUUUGCUUCUGAUUGGCUGUUUUUUUUUGUUUUUUUUUCAUGGCUACACUCUACAGGGUCUAGAUUUGUGUGAAUGAAGGAAACCAAAGCCAUGGAUGAGGUUUUGUGUGACUAGGUUGAACCCGGUGAAACUGGGGAAUGACUGAAGACUAUGAGCAUCAGCUGCUAGUAGAGGAUCUUGGAUGGUGCUUGGCUUCAUAGUGGUAUUGUGUUUUAUACAUGGCUAUCCUGUUAAUCUGUCUGAGCAGUUCCCCUCACUGGAGAGAGACACUGAGCACUGGACACAAAAGAAAAAAAGCCUAUUUUGGGUGUGUACAUUUUUCCCUGUUUUUGUGCUGGAGAACUUUUUUGUUAUGUACACAGUGUGCAGAUUUUGUAAGAAAAGAUUUAACUUAUUGUUUUCCUGCUUUGUUUGUAAUUAUGUACAUAUUAACCAUGUCGGACAUAGUUUUAAGUUUGGCUGCGAGGUGAAUGUGGGCACAGGUCUUGGAACAGCAAAGGUUUUCUUUGUUGAAGGAACAUGAACUAUGGACAUUUUCUUACUCUUAUACUGUAAGAGAAGUUACGACUCCAGUAGAUAUUCAGAAUAUUUUUAUGAGAGGCCGUGAACUGUGGGGGAAUUUUUUCAGUUGUGCUUGUAUGUGCCCCUCCCCGUGACUCACGGCAACUUUAUUUGCCAUGUGUGAGCACGUAGGCAACUAGCCGUAGAUGAAAUGAGAUGGACAGUGCCGGUGACUGUCGACACUAACGACUCCUCUGUAUCCUGUUUUUAUCAGGAUGGUUUUUUUUGUAGAUACGCAAACAAUUUUUCUGGGGGGGGGCAACAUUUUUCUUAUUUAUGGAAAAAAUAAGUUUAUUAUAAAAAUUGUAUGGUGAUUGGUUUCUAUUCCAAGUGAAUGUGACCAACGUGUUGUCAUUCACACCAAAUCAACUGACUGCCUGGAUGAAUGGGCAAUAAAAAUCAAAAUGGCACCAUCAUAUUGUGAGAGAAGAGACUGCUGUUUCUGCUGUGUUGUUACAUUUAAUAAAAGCUUAUUUUUUUGGGACAGGAUCCUCUAUCCUGUAGUGUUUUCAGUCUUAAGAAGGGAAGACGUAACGCUGACAUAUCAGCUUUGUCUUUAGGAAUCCCCGAAAGGCAGCAUAUCAAGGAAUGAGCGUGUACUUUCCACUGUCAUUACCCCGUUGUUCAGCUCUCCUGUCUAACUCGUACAUCCGAACCCUUCAUGGCUCGGUAGCCUUCCAUGUACAUGUACGAGAGGAAGUGAUUGUAAAUCAUUUUAUGGAAGUGUGCCGUUUAAAUUUAAAUGAGAAGUUUGGUUGCAGUCUGUUUACUGAAUGUUGUUUUUCUUUUUCACAGAUAGUGUUUUUCUUGGGUCAUCUUAUGAAGCAUUCAGGGCACGGAUCUAGCAGAUAAAUCUUAUGCUAUACUGUAUGUCUGUGAUAGGCCGGACAGGCUGUAAUCUGCCGAACUGGCCAACACCUUGCCUGUGCUCGUUGUCUUUUGUGACUGGACAUCAGGGCGAAAUAAAUUAUUUCUUUAUUA